AUGGCCAAGAACAAGCCCAGAGCGAACACCCGUGCUGCCCGACGAGGCGCCGAGCCGAGUCUCAACUUGGAUAAGUCCUUGACCUCUCUACCUCGAGCCGAGUCUACGACCGUCCAGCGUCCUUCACUCUUGGUCGAUCGCGCAACUGCCGGUGUCCAGAAGAAAAGAAAGGAUGGCAAGAGAAUGACAAAAGCGCAGCGCCUGAGACAGCAGAAGGGUAUGGACAGGGCUGAAGCGGUCAUGGAUCAGUUGGAAAUUAAAAAAGCCAAGAGUCUCACACGGGCAAAGUUCAUAAAAGAACGAAGGGCUGAUUGGGAAGAAAUGAAUAAGAAAUCAUCAGCAUUCGCCGCUCUCCAACAAACCGAGGAUGUCGAAGAAGAUGACGAGGAGGACAAUGACGACGACGAUGCCAUGGCGACUGAAAACAUUGAGCCCAGCGCGCCUCUGAUGGCGAGCAUUUUCGCUCCCAAGUCCACGAAUGCGACGUCAAACCCCGUGGCAGCCGAGUCUGCUCCCACGGAUGAGUACGACGAAAUUACCUGA